CCUUUAUUUAUUCUUGUACAUCUCUGGUCCGCUAUCGUGUUUAGUAUACGGAGGUAAUAAUCAGUGAUAUGAUGCAGGCUUUUAAUUAUAAGUUAUGAAAAUCUACGACUAAAUUAAGUGUGUCUUAAUGAAAAAUUCGGGCGAGACACAGCUCUCUGCGUUAUUCAAGUAAGCUUAGUAAUAUCGUUGCACUGCGCAUGUUCGGAAGUCACUUGCUUCUGAUUGAAGUUCCACCUUUGAUGGGAAAUUGCUAAGGGCCGAAAAAUGAAGUGACAGAGAACAACAGUGUAAAUGCAUUCUCUUAGAGGAUAAUCAGCAUAAAACAAAGUUACCAUGCAGGCAGAUAUUUUACGCCGAAACCCUUUGGAUGACUUUGAGUUAAUCCAGAGGGUUGGCAGUGGAACGUACGGCGAUGUUUACAAGGCAAGAGAUCUGAACACAGGUGAAUUUGCAGCUUUCAAAGUCAUCAAGCUUGAACCAGGAGAUGAUUUUGCUAUUAUUCAGCAAGAAAUACUUAUGAUGAAAGACUGCAAACAUCCAAAUAUUGUUGCUUAUUAUGAAAGCUAUUUGAGAAGAGACAAACUGUGGAUUGCUAUGGAAUAUUGUGGUGGUGGUUCAAUGCAGGACAUCUACCAUGUGACUGGCCCUUUGGCAGAGAUUCAGAUAGCCUUUGUGUGUCGUGAAACAUUGAAAGGACUGCAUUACCUACAUCGGAGAGGCAAGAUGCACAGAGAUAUUAAGGGUGCCAACAUCCUGCUUACAGAUAAUGGAGAUGUAAAACUUGCUGACUUUGGAGUUUCUGCUCAGAUAACAGCAACCAUGUGCAAAAGAAAGUCUUUCAUUGGAACACCUUACUGGAUGGCACCAGAGGUGGCAGCAGUGGAGCGAAAGGGAGGUUACAACCAGCAGUGUGACAUUUGGGCUGUAGGCAUCACUGCCAUCGAGUUCGCAGAGUUGCAGCCUCCAAUGUUUGAUCUUCAUCCCAUGAGAGCACUCUUUCUGAUGUCAAAAAGUGGUUUCAAGCCACCUCAGUUAAAAGACAAAACUAAAUGGUCUCAAACCUUCCAACACUUUGUCAAAGUAGCGCUUACAAAAAAUCCAAAGAAAAGGCCACCAGCCGAUAAACUUCUUGAGCAUCCAUUCCUUCAAGGAGACUUAAAUCGUCGUUUGACCAAAGAGUUAUUGGAAAAAUCCCAGAACCCCUCCCAUACCUAUGAACCUGCUGAGACAGAUGAUGAAGGGCUGUUACAAGAUGUGCCAAGGAGGAUACCUUCAGACAAAUCAACACGACCAAAUCAAGCUGCGAAUAGUAUUGAAAUUAAAGUCAACAGGAACCUGGGGUCACCUGAGGAUGAGCGCUACGAUACCGCAAAACCGUGGAUGGACGAUGACUUAUCCAGGAACAUGGAGCUGUUUCAAACAGCCAGGAGUUUACUAGAGUGUGUAGAUGAAGAGUUAAUGCACAGGGGUCACAGAGGUAGCAUAGGGUUAUUAGAUGGAGGAACUCCUUUGGAUAAGGCAACAACAGUUCAAGUAAACCCACCACCAACACCUCCUAAGUCGCAUGUAGGUAGAGCACAUCAAAGAGAGACACCACCAGUCAUCCGACGGCAGAUGGAUGCAGAGACAGCUUCGAGAAUAGCUGAGUCUAUGCUGGAAGAUGAUGAUGGGCCAGAUUUGGACAGCCUUAUUGAUCGCAUGCUGACUUUGACUCCAAGCGCUCGGCCUUCAGACAUGAUGCUGGAAGCGGCUCUGGUGGGGGAAGGGGAAUCUACAGAGAAGACAGUGACAGAAAGUGUAGACUCUAUACAAAAAACGCAAGAUAGUGAGGAUACUCCUCCGGAGCUGCCUCCCAAGCUGCGGCAGGCCAACGGAGACCUGUUGCAUUCCGCUGAGAAUGGUAGCAUUCCCACAGAUGUUGCUACAUCCCCACCUCCAGUAGUGCCUCCACGAAGGAAACACAAGCAGGAGAAAGAUAAUGAGAGUUUCUUGUCUCGACCACUGAGCAAUGGUCUUCCACCUACGCCUAAAGUCCAUAUGGGUGCCUGUUUCUCAAAAGUGUUUAAUGGCUGUCCCUUACACAUUAACUCUACUGCCAGCUGGGUGCAUCCAGACUCCAGAGAUCAAUACAUUUUGAUUGGUGCUAAUGAAGGCCUAUACACCCUGAACCUGAAUGAGAUCCAUGAAGCAUCACUAGAGCUUCUUCAUGCUAGAAGAUGUACCUGGCUGUAUGUGAUAAAAGAUGUACUUAUGUCUUUGUCAGGUAAGACCUUGCAGUUGUACAGACAUGACUUGAUAAUGCUGCACAGUAGACAGACCAGCCGUCUCUCCUUACAGCUCAACAAAAUUCCAGAAAAACUAGUUCCACGGCGCCUUCAACCCACUAGCAAGGUUGCAGAUAGUAGAGGGUGCACUCGAUGUUGUGUGGGACGCAAUCCUUACAAUGGGUACCGCUACCUAUGUGGCGCCAUGCCUACAGGCAUUGUGCUGAUGCAAUGGUAUGAGCCAUUAAACAAAUUCAUGCUGCUCAAGACUUUUGAAAUAGACCCUUUUCCGGUACAUACAAAUGUCUUUGAGAUGUUCAUCAGCCCUGAGCUGGAGUACCCUAUGGUCUGCCUUGGUGUCAGGAAAGGACCAGACAGAUUUCAUGUGAAGUUUGAUAUCAUCAAUCUUAACUCUGGUUCAGUCUGGUUCACAGAGGACCAUUUUACAGGGGAUGUGCUUCCAGUGAUCAAUGUGACACAGUUAGAAAAAGACACUGUUCUCAUCUGUUAUGACCGCUAUGUGAAGGUAGUGAACAUGGCAGGCACUAAGUCAAGCAAGCGUCAACAGGCAGAGCUGCAUUUUGACUGCAUUGUUGAAUCACUUGUCACUCUACCGGACAGCAUACUGGCUUUUCACAAACAUGGUAUGCAGGGCCGCAGCUUCAAAGGCAAUGAGGUUACACAGGAGAUCUGUGACAGGUCAAGGAUAUUUCGCUUGCUUGGCUCUGACAGAGUGAUAUGUCUGGAGAGUCGUCCCACCCAGGAUCCUAAGGCCCCCUCCAACCUGUAUGUAUUGGCUGGCCAUGAGAACACAUACUGACACAUGGACACUGCAAGUCUUUCUGCCUUUGGUUGCACCUCACCUGCUGCACAAGGAUGGAGACUCAGCACAUCUUGCUAAUCAGCCAGUGAUGUCACCUCAGCCACAGUGUCCUCUUAUUUCUCAUGAAUUUGUUUCUUCGAUCAUUUCUGAAACACCAGUUCUGUCUGACUGCCAAAAUGUGUCCAGACUGAUGCUUAAUUCAGCAGAUGUUGUGAUGCAGGAUGUAGGCGAGGUUUCCUAGAGUUUUGCAUCUUUUCUGUUGCACACUUCUACUUUUGAGUUGUAAGCCUUGAAAGAACGUUCUGUGAAUUUUGCAUUGUGUUAGCACACCUUGAUCUGUGCCAGUUCUGCAAUGGAACCUUUGUUUAGAGAUGAGGUGGAGGGCUUCUAAUUUAAAAAGUUCUUUGCUUCCUUGAGCUUUGUAGGUUAGCCUGUGCCACGCUGUGCCUGGGUGAACAAGACACAAACAUUUCAAAUCAUUGCUGAUGUCUUGAUUUCUCUGGCCAUGAUAAAGUCUGCUGCAUGCAUACAAAUUAGAACAUCCUUAGCAUCAUGAGAAAAAAAGAUUUGAAGAGCAGAGGUGACUUUGUUUCUAGCUGCACAUCAAAAGACUUACAGCAUGAAUGUGCUGCACCUGGAACUGACUGGAGUGAAAAAGAAUCAGUUUUAUAUAUAUAUCACUUCCUGACUGUGCUGUGAUCACAAGUUGUCCUGAGUACAUCUAUGAUCAGCAAUUAUGAUCAUUUCGUGUACUUACUUAAAAAAGAAUACAAAGGUUUCUACAUUUGCUUUUCCAAAAGACAUCUGCCUUACCAAAGUCUUGAGCUUACCCAGCAAUAGAACAUAUUCAGCAAGCAAAGAAGCUCGGGCAGAAUCUCCAUCAGCUGACUUGGUGGGAAGGUAAACUGCAUUUUGGUGAUACAGGCUGAAACACCAAAAUAUUGUGUACAUCUCCCUUGCCCAAAAUUGAACUGCAUUCUUGUGAUCUGAUUGUAUUACCAGAUGAUUCAUCAUUCAGCUUUACUCUUUGUGAUGUCAUUUUUUUAUUUGGACGAUCAAGCAGUGGCCUGAUGCAAUCAGGCUGUGAACUCAUCAACACUUUGCGUGCCGCUAUAAGGGGACUUUUCUUGGCAAGUGGAGAUUGUUGGAGUAGGCAUUGUUUUUGCAGGUGAUGUCGUCUUGAGCUGUGUUAUCCAGUUGAUGACAUCGUCUGGCAGAGAAGCUUGCACAGAAAGAUGGUGUUGCUGGAGGUUGCUCUAUCCUUCUCCGGAUGCUCAUAUGUUACUGCUACAUGUUUGAAAGGGAAGACCUACAUGCUAAGCAGCAAGAACCAUUGCUUUUUGUUGGUUUUUUUUUUUCAAGUGAAAAAUUGUGUCGGGGGUUUUCUUGCAGUGGAAGAUGCAGUUUUCAUGUGCAUGCUACCGGCUUGAGUUCAUAGAGCGAGACAUACUUCCUAUAGCUUCCUGUAUGCCAAGCAAGAUAUCUGUGAAGUGGGCUUUGUUCUUCAUGCCGAUUUCCAUGUCACCACAAUAUAGAAUGUAAUUAUGAAUUGCUUGUUGCAAGGUUUUGUUCAUACUUUGUUCCUUUUGCCAUCACCACCACUUAAACUAAUCACUGCUGUUUAAUUAUGUGUACAGUAACCUUUUUCUUUUUGUAUCAUACCAUUUAUAUAAGGAUGAUGUCGCGCACCACUUUUUCGUUUUUGAUGCUGAAUGUUGCUCUUUGGUUAAGAUGCAGACCCAUGAUUCAUGCAAAUAAGAAAUUAAAACAUAAUGAUGUUACAUGUUUUUCUGCUUUGUGCAGGUUUGUUAAUGCAACUUGUUUUGUUGUACAUAUAACUUCUUUGCACUGUUGUUGUCACAAGUGCUUUCAGAAAUUUACCAGCCAUGUUUCCAAAGUGUAAAUUAGACGGAAGGUUCAAGUUUUGAGCAUAUGCCAGAAAUUAUCAUGGCUUUUGGUGUCAAGGGGCUGCAUUCACAAUGAGAUCAGGGGUGCUUAAGUACUUUCUGUAAUCUUUUUGCCCAGGAAGGAAGAAAAAAAUGAGAAGACAAUGCCCAAAGGAAGGAUUAUUAAGUUGUGCACUUAUGACUGCACGUGUGUUGCUGUCUGCAGACAGGAGAGACACAUGAGGAGAGUUAAAUUGACACUGCAAUAGACAGUAUAGAUGUGUAUAUUUGAAAGGCCAGUGUGUCAUAUAAUUCUUGUACUGCUGACUGGAAAGAAAAUUUUCAAACGCUUUUACUGUCAUGCUGUGAAAAAGAGAAGACAUUCAUGAUAAGGAGGUUCAGAUUCAUCAUUCGGAGACAUGAACGGGAAGGGUAGUGCUGAUUGUUUUGAAUCAAUACUUGCUCAAUCGCUGCGGUAAGAGUCUUGUGCGAGGGUUUAUUAGACGAGAUCAGCAAAAUGUGCUUUGACAGAGGAAGACUGCAGCAGUGGAUUCUGGGAAGUACAGUGCACGCUGUUCAUGUCCACAUCGAUUACAAGCACGCGCUGCCUAUAAGCAUGCUGCACCAAUGGUUUUUUUUUUUAAAAAAAAAAAAAAUUCAAUCUACUAUUCCAAGCGUCGGAUGUUUUGUUUGUAAACACAUAAAAUUGUGGUAGGGGGGGAGAGAAAGGAAGUGUAAUCAGAAGUUGAACAAAUUAUCAUGCUGUCCCUUUUGUCAAACGUCUGCUGUUUUCUGUCGUGCGGUCGUUGUCGUUGGUGUUGUUGGGUCUGACGGAAUUGAGACCACCGGCUCGAGCGUUAGGGGUCUAACCCUCUAGUUUCAGGGUUUUCUAAAAUUCACAGAGUAGAUUCUUCCUCUUCCGGGAUUUUUGAAAUUGGAAGAGUAGAUUUCUUUUGAUUGUUUCUGGUGCUUACAGGAUACGAUACGUACUGCAGUGACGUGCAGGCAUGCCGGCGGUUGGCAUUAGUUACGUAAUCGUGCGGCGUCACAAGUGACGCGGUGACGUUUGUGUAACGCGUUACAAACACGUGGAAUGUACUGUAAAGAAGGGUGGGUGUAAAAAUGUCCGCGUCAGGCAAAAGCUUUCGUGUAGAGCCCCCUCUCUCACCCUUUCCCUCACUAACACCCUCGCCUACCCUCCCCCUCCCCCGCUCUCUCUUUAGUAUCAUUGCAGUUUCGCUUAAUGAUAAUGGAUCAAGAAAGGUAAACAGGCUAAGUGUCAGUGUCCAGGUUAUGAGGUCCGUUGGUUCCGGAAGCUGGCGCAGCAUUUUAGUAAUAGUUAAAUGGGUUGAGAGGGGUGGGGAGACGUGUCUUUUUUUUUUUUUUUAACGAUCAGUAUUGGGGACGGAGGGAGUAGAAUGGCUUGAACACCUGUAACCAUUAAAGACACUCGGCAAACGGUCCUCAAGACAAAGGAGGGCGGGAAGACUCACGGGUCUAAAAUACGACGCGCAUGGCGUCAACCUCACACCCAGACCUUGAGCUGUUUCGCCUCUGUUCCCAGGUGUGCGGUGGUGGUACUGGUCCACUCCCCUCCUCUUUGUCCAGAUAAACUAUGCUGGGUGCAAGAUGCUGCUUACACCUGACAGAAGAAAGGAGUCCUUGGCUGCUAACCUCGCCCACGAUUACUGGGAGCUUGCCAGUGGCUGUGAGCUUUUUCCUGCAAUGACCGCUUCCGUCGUCGUCUUGUUUUGUGGAGAGGGAGGGAGAAGGAGGCGCCACACCUCAUCGCUGCCUUACAUGACCAUAUUCUUUCUUGCUGUCACUGUCAUCACCCAGUGCUUUGUCCGUGCGCUCCGACUGACUUGUACUCAGGUGAUCUUUAAAACCAAAACCCAGUCCGUGUUUGUCCUUUUUCGUUCAGAAGCUUUUUGUCUCGAAUGGUUUUGUUGUUUGGUUGGUUGGAAUUUUGCUGAAGGGUUCGAGCUGUGCUUGAGACAAUCAUUGUGAUGUCACGACUAUGCGAUUUAAACCAAACAGGGGUGGUGGGUCUGAUUGUGUAAUUAACUUUGUAUUCAAAGAAAUGUGUAAAUUCUUGUUGAUUUCAAGAACGUAUGUUAUAUUUACAAUUGUACAAUAUUUUUCAGGUUAUUUAAUGGUUUACUUAAUGUAGAUAGUGUUGUGACUUGAGAAGGGAAGUCUCCAGAAAGGCAGUCACUACAAAGAUGACAGCGAGGGACAUGUUGGAUGCUAAACACUUCAUGGUCAAUGAGUGCUGGGUGUGUUUUGAUUUGCAAAGCUUGUGGUCACUUCUUCUUGCUUCACCGACUGAUUGUCUAUACUUUCUCUUUGCUAGAGCUCGUUGAAGAUUGCUGUUGUUAGUUUGGGGGUUGGUUUCUUUUCUGCGCCCUUUCUCCGUCAACUCACGCUCCACUCAGCUGUUCGCGCCCUCCUGUGCCAAACUGAGACUUCCUGGUGUCGUAGUCACGUGACACAAGCCUUUGAUUUGCAGCCAAAGUCAGACCAGGGGGUGGUGGGGGUAGGUAUUCGGUCUCAGAUGCUUGACUGUUCUUUGCCGACCCCUCCCGCCUGGCCCCUUCCUUAAUGCUUCAGAUGACUGUUGUUGGUGUCCCGUGACAAUGUCCGAUAUUUUUGUUAUGUUCGACGAGCCGUGAGUUGAAUAUCAUGUGUUGACAACAGGUGACGGUCUGCAAGAUUGUUUUUGGCAGCAGCACAAAUGCUUUUUUGUAUUAUUUAAAGUGACGAGAACCUUGGAGUGGCAAGACCUGGCGCACACAGUAGUGUAGUAAUGUCGUGGAGCGUGUCGAUACUCGUUUUGUCACCAGAAAAGGCUGUCGCCCUUUUAAAGAGCAAAUAUUUUGACUCGCCCAACGUCCUGUAUGUGAAGCCUUUGUAUGUAUUUUAACGGCGCACGUUCUUUGAACGAUUUAUGAUCUUUCUGGACGCACACGCCAAAUCUUGUAGCUUGUCGACAUUACUUUCUCGAUUCUUCUCGACAUGGUAAGCCCUAGGUUCGUGUUUGACACACAGUUAAUGAAGGAAUAUCUGGGUGUCUUUUUUUACAAGUGGUACAGUGAUCGACGAGUAUUUUUGGGAAAGGUGAUGUAGACUGACUGACCAAUCGUAUUCAAGCUCGCUGUGGACAUUUUCAUGAGGAACCUGAACUCUUAUCACGGCGCCAAGUCUCUCCCCUUCCACCUGAUCCCUCAAUGUUCAGCUCAACUGCCAUCACCUCAGAACUUUCAGUCGCAUCGCUGCUUGAUACUCUGUGUCGAUGCUUACAUGAAAAUCCUCACCCUGCAGGGCAGGAAGGCCAGAAAGUUGGCGAAAACGGCAACUCUAGUCUCAUCACAUGACCCGCCCAGAAACUGCUUGUUAGGUCUAAGUUCAGCUUAAGUGUUUGUACACCUUAGAGGGCGUAAUGCGUACACACCUGGCGCACUGUUGCUCAAUUAACUCCGACAUAAAGCUGUUCAUUCUUUCGGUUUUUCACUCCCGAGGGGGAUAGAGUUGGCAAUGGAUCCACGUUUUACAUUCCCAUUCCUCUGCUCCCAGACACCGCCAGUAGGCUAUCCGGACCCUGCCCGAGGUCACGUGAUCAAACCAACGCCCUUAAGUGCAUGAGGAAAAAAAAAAACAACAAAACUCUAGAAUCCGGCAGAGGUGCUUGUGACACAUGUAAGCCGAUACACGCAGUCCCGCCUCACCUGUCCAAUUCAUAACUUUGAUUUUCUGUCACGGAUGUACAUACCGUCUUCUUAAUUUGUCCUGUUUAUAGUCAAGCGAGUAGUUUUAAAUUCGAAAUUUGCAGGCACGGGGUUUGGUGAUUUUUGUUUUGUUUUGUUUUGGGGUUUUUUGGGUAGGGGUGGGGAAUAGCUCUUAUUUUUUUGUAAACACACCCUUUCUUAUUUAUUGGUGUGUGUGUGAACGUGUUUAGCUCGACAUUAUGAUUAAGAUUUGGGUUAGGGUUGAGGCUUUGAUGAAGUCUUUAGUUUGGACAGAAUGACCGAGGACAAGCUUUGUAGAGCUAGCAACUCGGCUGUUUGCACAAACGUAGAACAGCAGUCGUCGAAGUCGGUGCCAAACAAAAGAAAAAAAAAGUGUUGCAUCCAGUUUCUGUCCGGCUCGUUGGCUCCACUUUCGUCCUUCUCCAGUCAUCCAUUCUCAAAGCUUUCAACGCUUCUCGGCUGGCAGACGACCUGCGGCGCCGUGUAAUUUAUUAGUGGGAUUACUUAUGUCAUUUGGAAACACAUGCUUUAUUUUUUGAAAAUAGGGUUUUGUUAAGAUAAUGAGAUCAAUAUUGAUAACUAACAUACUUUUUGUUUCUAAUUUGACAAUGUAAACAAGUUCUGCUUUGCAGAAAUCGCAGCAGCAGGUAGACUAUGCCAAACUUUGUCUAAGACAGUUAUAGGGAGAGUUUUUGUUCAACGGUCUGGUGUAGGAUCACCUUCAAUGCGGCUUAGUUCCGCCUCUUUGUGCUUUAUGCUUUUGGCAUUUUCACAAGUGUUUUUAUUAUUCGAGUUCGAGUUUUGUUUGUUUGUUUUUGUUUUUGUCUUAAUCUCUCUCUUUCUCUGUGCAUCUACUGGACAAUGUAUUCAAAAGAUUCAAGGUGCUUGGGCUCAGAUUAAUCUUGUGCAUUUAUUGAUUUGUAUCAUGGUUGCAGGUUUAGGACCUGAAAACCGUUUGCAAGCUUUUUUUUUUUUUUUUUGUCCUUUGCGGUUAAAUGGUAGCAAAGAAGCUUUGGGUCAAAAGGUACAAUUACCAAGAAAAAUGUGAUUAUUGUUGUGCUUCUGAAGGAAGUGUGCAUGCGUUCAUUGUGCUUGAGCCGCCAUCUUGUAUCGUGGUUGUCUUCUAGCAAACGUGUUGGUAAUGCAGACGUGUCUCGCCUUAUCAUCCCACCCCACACCUUCCGGGUGGUGGUCAAUAGAAACCCUCUUUAGUGUACGGAUGUUUGUGAGCGCAAGUGUGUUUACGUUGCCGCCUUCUGUUGCCACAGCAGUCUGUUUGGAGGCUCGAGACUUGGCUGGCAACCCCGUAAAUUUCCAUCUGGCAGUUCCGGUCUGCGCGCGCAUCAACUGUUCUGUCGUGACCCUGUGCACGACAGACAUAAAACUGUUUAAAACCUGACAUUUGUGACUGUUUUUUUUUUUUUUUUGUUUUUUUUUUUUUUAAUUUAACUGGUUUGGGGAAUUCACAGACUGUGAAGAUUGGUCUAGUUUUGAGCUUAAAAAUUGAAACCACGCGAUGGGAUUGGCUGCACUGGGGUAAUGACGUCACGAUGUAUUUCCGGUUCCGGCACUGCUUGUGGUUUACGUUAUCGGUAAAUAGACCUUGAUACACUUUUUGAAAAAAAAAUGAAUCAACUGAUUUGGAACUCUCUGCUCAUGGUGUCUGCCUUCGUAUACUUAUCAGUGUUCAUGCACUGCCCUGUUGCCAAGGGUGUCCAGUGUUUGUUCCAGCCUUCCACCUUCCUUGUCUUUUGAAAAAAAAAAAAGAAAUGAUGGAUUUGUUUGUAUGAUCAAUCAUUUGUACAGGCGCUUGUAAGGACGUGAGUACUAUAUUGGUUGCUAUUUUUGUUUUAUUGAAUGAUGUAAAAAAACUGAUUAAAUCUCUCAUGCGAAAUACAAUACCACAGGGAUAA